CUAAAGCUGACCAAAAUGAAUCUUUUCUGCUUUUCGCUGGAGGGCUCUAUGGACAGCUUAUAUGAGCCAGUCCCAGAAAAACAAGCUCACCAAGAGAGAACUUCUGGUAGAACUGACUCUCUUUUCUCACCCUCUGGGGAAAAUGGAAACUUACACAACAAUGUCUUCAUGGAAGUUUCUCAUUUUGAGAAUGCGAAACCAAAAAGAAAGUCAAUCCGGAGAUCUAUGUCUGAAAGCAAAGUAUUUGAGGGAAAAACUGUGAAUGACACAACUUGGCAGGAACCCAGCAAGCCUGAGAAUGAUUCCCACAUCACAAGACUCUGUCAGCUAAAAGAUCUAAAUGAAGAUGAUUUUCUUUUGAGUAAUAAUACACAUAUUCUUCAAGGAAAAAAUCUACAAGGCAUUUCUUAUCAGGUAAUGGUGACAUUUGAAUGUUGAAGUUCUUCUCACUCUCAAAGACAUAUUAAGCCUACUGUAUCAUAUUUGGCCAUAAAAUCAGGUGAUGACCCCGUGGAAUCCGUGGGCACCUUAAAGAGACUACAGAAACUGGUUUGGACCAAGAAAGCCAGGGUGCCGAGUCUGAGUGAGAUGAAACCUACGUCAAUAAAUCUCCAAGAUGAAGAUGAAACAUUGACUUCCUGUAUGAAAUUAGCCAAAUCCCAAGAAAAGAAAGUUAAUAAUGUUAGUACAAGGAGGAAGAAAGAAAUGGAGAUUAGACUAGAUUCUAUUUCUGCAUCACUGGUUAGACCCAGUACUUCAACUGGAUGCAGCUUGGCCAAAAUAUUAUCCCCCAGUGGAGGUGAAGUUCAGAUGUGGAACAGCUGGAAGCCUUUUCCAGAAAACCCACUCUGGACAUAUGUUGAUUUCCAAAUUGACCGGGUUGGACCCUGGGACAACUGUUUCCACUGCACUCACCACCCAGAUCUCAAGUCUUCUUGUACAGAUAUGGAUCUCCCACACUCAUGGCGCAGCAGCAGUUUUGGGAAUUUUGACCGUUUUCGGAAUAAUUCCGUAUCAAAACCAGAUGAUUCAACUGGGGUACAUGAAGGGGAAUGCAUAAAUGAAAGUGGAGAACAAAACAAAACUUCAAAUAAUGGAGGAAGUUUAGGUAAAAAAAUGAGAGCUAUUUCCUGGACAAUGAAGAAAAAAGUGGGUAAAAAGUAUAUCAAAGCCCUUUCUGAAGAAAAGGAUGGGGAAGAUGGAGAGGAUGCCUUCCCUUAUCGGAACAGUGAUCCCACGAUUGGAACCCAUAUAGAGAAGAGCUCCCUCAAAGCCAGUGACUCCAUGGACAGUCUCUACAGUGCGCGGAGCUCAUCAAGUGGAAUAACAAGCUGUUCAGACGGUACAAGUAACCGGGACAGCUUUCGACUCGACGAUGAUGGCCCCUACUCCGGACCAUUCUGUGGCCGUGCCCGCGUACAUACCAGUUUCACACCGAGCCCUUAUGACACUGACUCCCUCAAAAUCAAGAAAGGAGAUAUCAUAGACAUUAUCUGCAAAACGCCAAUGGGGAUGUGGACAGGAAUGUUGAACAAUAAGGUGGGAAACUUCAAAUUUAUUUAUGUGGAUGUCAUCUCAGAAGAAGAAGCAGCCCCCAAGAAAAUAAAGGCACACAGAAGGAGUGGAAAGGAAAAACCUAAGACUCUGCAGGAGUUCUUAGAGAGGAUUCACCUUCAGGAAUACACCUCAACACUUUUGCUCAAUGGUUACGAGACCCUAGAAGAUUUAAAGGAUAUAAAAGAGAGUCAUCUCAUUGAAUUAAACAUUAAAAACCCAGAAGAUAGGAUGAGGCUACUAUCAGCUGCUGAAAAUCUUCUUGAUGAAGAAACUAUUCAGGAGCAAGAAAAUGAAUCCGUGUCCCUAUCCUUAAGCCCAGACAUCUCCUUAAAUAAGUCACAGUUAGAUGACUGCCCAAGGGACUCUGGUUGUUAUAUCUCAUCAGAAAAUUCAGAUAAUGGUAAAGAAGAUCUGGAGUCUGAAAAUCUGUCCGACAUGGUACAGAAGAUUACUAUCACAGAGCCAAGCGACUGAAUACAUAUUAUCAACUUUACAUCUA